AAAAACCUUCCUUUCCUAACGCAAAUUUGCAGACCCAAUCCCUAAUUUGCAAAUCCAUCUAUCAUACCCCAACUUAAUUUGCAGAGCCACCAGCCACCACCUCCCGGCGUCGCAAGCCAGUUUCACCCCACGGUAUCCCGCACCCCGCACACCCAACUUCUCCCCUCUCUCCGACAGAAGCUCUCUCUUCCAACGGCGCCCGCGCGAAGACGGCGUCAUCUCGCCUAUCCUCCGACUGCAGUCCUCCCCCACGACGGCGCCGGCAUAAUGGACUCCGUCACGGACUUCGUCAAGAGACCCACUGAUUAAUGGGAGGAAGAGCAUGGGAUUUAUGUCGGUAGGUUUGAUUUUCCGUUGAUUGUGGCUCCGGGUUUCCACUUCUUCAUUAUCUUGUUGCCCGUUCAUCAAAGAGACUAAAUUCGCUGAAGAUCUCCGAUUACAUGCGUUUAAGAAUACCCAGACUUCUUCAAAAACAGAGUUCAUAUUUGUCACGAGAAUAUAGAAGAGGUGUUUGGGGAAGAAGAAAAUGAAGGAAUUUUCGAGGAAACAAUAGAUUCGGAAACUGGAGCAAACAAAACCAUAAUCUCAUUCACUUUUUUCUCUCUUGAUUCCAAAAUCACCCAGUUUAGGGAUUUGGAUUUGCUUGUUUCGAAAUCAACCAGUUUAGGAAUUUUGAUAAUUUGAAGCUUACCUGUUCAUGAGAAUAAAAAAGGAAGAGAUGGACGUGUCGAGGACGAUGUAGAGGAUGCAGUGGAUAGAGUACUGUUAUUGUUAAUGCUCUUGAAACAUUGGGUUCCAUAAACUAGGCUUAUUGGUUUUUUAGCUGAUAAACAAAGUGAUGGAGACUGAAGUUCCCAAUGAACGUCAAGGAGGGAUGCCGGGGAUUAGGGAAAAUGGCUUUCUAUUAAUGCCCGUAUCGCCAGAAGAGUUUGGUGAGGGUCUGCCUUAUGCUCCUGAAAAUUGGCCUAAUCCCGGUGAUACUUGGGGUUGGCGGGUCGGAAAAAGAGUUUCUCAAUCUGGCAACUUUCUUGAUAGGUACCUGUAUCUUCCUAAGCAUCUUCCCCGCUGUGAUUCAGGGGGUAAGGGAGCUUUUGCUUUUGCAAGCAAGCUUUCGGUCGAACGCUAUAUCCAAACAACAUUUCCUGGUGCAGAUGUUAAUGCAUUUUUUGCAUCAUUCAGUUGGAAGAUCCCUGCAAGAGGAAGAUCAUUAACAAAUGGGAACAAUAUAAUUAGCCUAUCGAUUGAAGAGCGUCUAGAACAGUUUCUCUGUGAUUCCAACUCUGAUAAUGGGGGUUGUAAGGCUGGAAAUAAGAUGUGCAGCAGUCUAGCAGAGCAAGUGGAAAAUUCUCCUUUGGGAGUAAUGGUUUGUGACCUCUGCUGCAAUGAACCUCGAUUCUGUCGUGAUUGUUGUUGCAUUCUAUGUUGCAAGACUGUGGAUUAUAGCCAUGGAGGUUACAGUUACAUUAGAUGUGAAGAAAUUGUUGAAGAGGGUGGUAUAUGUGCGCAUAUUGCUCAUCUUAACUGUGCUCUGCGGUCUUAUAUGGCUGGGAAGGUAGGAGGAAGCAUUGGGUUGGAUGCUGAAUACUAUUGCCGGCGUUGUGAUGCAAAGACAGAUCUGGUACCACAUGUUACCAGGCUCUUGCAGACAUGUAAAUCUAUUGAUUCUCGGCGUGACAUUGAGAAAAUUCUAAAAGUUGGUAUCUCCAUUUUGCGUGGUUCGGAGAGAAUUGGAGCGAAGAGGUUGUUCAACCGUAUUGAAUUGGCCAUUACAAAGCUUAAUUGUGGAACUUGUCUUGAAGAUAUUUGGAAGGUGGAAGACGAUUUCUUAGCUCUUUCCACAGAUAUCAUUGGUGAUGAAAAUGCUGCAAUGGAAGUUGUAAGCCACCUAGAACCUAUGGAUGUUCUAACGGACUCACCGAAUGUGCCUGUGUCUUUCGAUUGGCAAACUGAGUCUCUCAAGCUGGAAGAAGAGGUUGAUCAGGUUCUGCAGGCACUGAGAAAGUCGCAAGAGAUUGAAUACAAAUUGGCUGAAGAGAGACUUUAUGCCCAGAAGGACUAUCUUGCUAGUCUGUAUCAGCAACUUGACAUUGAGAGAUCGGAAUUGACCCGUCACAUAACAUCAACUAAACAAGGUGGCUUGCUGAGUGCUGUCUUGAACAGAGUGGAUCAGAUAAAACGGGAACUUGCAAAAUUCAAGGAUAUGAAAAAGGUUGCCAGCGGAUUUGGAAAGACUGAUCAAGGAAUCCUGGAGGAGCACUUUGAUUUAGAAAUUAAGGGGGUGAAGUGAAUCCUUAUGUGCUUUUGCAAUUGCGAAUUUUGGAUUCAUCAGUUCGUCAAACUUUGGCCUUGAACCAUCAUCUUCAGUUUUUUAAUCAAAACACCCGUGUAACUUUCAAAAGUUGUCCACUUGCCCUUGUCCGAGCUCUUAUGUGUCAGCACAAGCAUGAACAAACAUCAUUGGUCUGCUCACGAAUGGUGUUACGUCGUGACGUGCAAAACUGAAGGGUGAAAUCAGGUGAUGGCUUCUGUGUUUUCCUCUGCUGAGCAAGAGUGAUCGGAUGUCACGACUACUAGGUUGUCAGUCAGGUUUUCGCAUUUGAAGCGGGGUUGAGAAGCACUUGCAAGGGACCUUUCAAACGCCUUUUUUGAAGUGUGGAGUUGACCCAGAGUGGGGGUUUGUAUCUGCUGAGCUUGGCUCACCAAUUUUGUCUUCGUUUUAUAUGAAUUAGAUUAGCCCUUGCAUUUCUCGACUCAAAAGGAAACACUUUUGUGGUAGUAAAUGUGGUUUAUGCGUGAGAGAGACCAGGCCAACAUUUCUUUUCCGAAUUGUCUACUCUGAAAAGGGAUGGAUGAAUCUUGUGUGUCGCUUCCAACUUCUUGAGAUUUGUCACAAAUGAAUUCAACUCGAACCUUCAA